CACUGCUAUGAAUCUUAUGCUCUUCAUUCUGGAUGUUGGUCGCUUUGUGAUUACUGGUUGUGCCUCAGCAGAUGCGAAGCACCACCGUCUACUUGAUCAACCUGCUUCUAGCCGACAUCCUGCUUCUCCUCGUGCUCCCAUUUAAGAUUUUGAAGGACCUCCAGGCAGCACCAUGGGAGCUCAUGGUGUUCCAAUGCCAAGCCAGUAGCGUCACCAUGUACAUUAGCCUGUACGCAUCCAUCGCCUUCCUCGCCUUCAUCAUCGUAGACCACUACCUCAAGGACCGCCACACGGCGCAGUCUCUGCGGCUGCAGGAGGCCGGCUUUGCCUGGCUGCUUUCGCUGGUGGUCUGGAUGCUGCUGCUGCUCAUCAUGGUGCCAAACAUGGCUCUUCCCACAAAGGAGGUCGAG